AUGAACCAGGGAAUCGUACGAUAUGCGAUGAAUGCGUUUCAAAAAGAUACAUGCAUAAAAUUCCGGAAGCGAACAGAACGUGAUAUGUAUUACUUGUUAAUUUCUGCAAUACCCGAGAAGUGGUGUUAUAGCUUCAUCGGUCGCGAUACUUCCCCUCCGACAAAUGAGGGCAAGUUCAUUACUGAAUUGAAUAUGGAUCCUGAUUGCUUUGACGGACCAACCAUGAUUCAUGAACUGAUGCAUAGCAUCGGUUUUUAUCACGAACAUCAAAGAGAGGAUCGCGAUCCACGCGUUACUGCAGGAACUCCUGAUCCAGAUCCCGAACGCGAGUAUAAUGAUCGACGACGCUUAUUCGAGAACUGA